GAGGCUAUGACUCAAGGGCCACCAUAAAUAAAUAAAUAAAUAAACCAGGGGAAGCCUCCAGUCUGGGACAGUCGCGCGAGAUCCUGGAAAAGCAGCACGUGUGUUUAAAACCAGCGCGGGGAAUAGCCGGGCGUUGUGGCAGGCGCCUGUAAUCCCAGCUACUCGGGAGGCUGAGGCAAGAGAAUCGCUUAAGCCUAGGAGUUGGAGGUUGCUGUGAGCUGUGUGACGCCACGGCACUCUACCAAGGGUGAUAAAGUGAGACUCUGUCUCUACAAAAAAAAAAAAAAAAAAAAAAAAAAACCAGCGCGGGGACGUAGGCGCCACCUCUGAGCGCAGAGCGGCGCGGGGCCUGGCUAGGGGCGCGCGCUAACUUCACUGGACGGCGGGGACAGAGCUCACCGGCAGCCUCGGAGGACACGCGCCAAACUCCAGGACCAUGCGGGGAGAGCUGCCUGGGCUCUGGCUUCUCACUGUUGGUGUCCUGCCGUGGGUCCUGGGUGACUCCGCUGUAACCACCACAGUUGGUGACGGACUGUGUAAACCAGGAACCUAUGUCUCCAUCUUCGAUGGAAACUGUAGCCCAUGCACAGAGGGUGUGGAUUACUUGACUUUUCCGAACAAUAUGUCUUCUUGCUCACCAUGUAAAGUCUGUAAACCAGAUGAAGUGUUGAUCAGUAACUGCACGCAAACCAAAAACACAGAGUGUCAGUGCGUACCGGGAAAGUUCUGGGAUAAAAAGUCCCCUGAGUUCUGCCAGAAGUGCAGCCUUGGGUGCCCUGCUGGGAUGGUCAUGAAAACUAAUUGUACCCCCUGGAGUGACAUUGAGUGCAUCCACGAAGAAUCAAGUACUAAGGCGCCGGGGCGGAGACGCCCAGCUCCUAGAGGGCCAGGGAGCACCAAUCUGGGGAAUUCUACCGGUCCCCUCCCUUCUCCAGGCAAUGGACAACUCAUGACUUAUAUUGUCGUCGUCGUCGUCGUCGUCGUCGUCGUGGCUGUUGUGCUGGGCUUCCUAGUGAUAGGGGUUUUAAUACAUUAUGGCCGGAAACACAUCCGCUCAGGUUGUGACUGGGUCACCGAGUUCAUGUGCAAAGUCUGUUGCCGGAGAGUCCCACAAGGGCCUGGAGCAGAGGACAUUUCCCUCGAGAUCCUGAACAGCAGAGACUGUCGGUACAUCUCAGUACCUGAGCAGGAGCCAGCAGAACUGACAGAUGUCAUUGUAACGUCCCCAGGGGAGACAGAAUGCACGCUGGGACAGGCAGAAGGUGAAGAGUCGCAGAGGAGGGGCCUGCUGCCUGCAGCGAAUGGCAUUGCCAACCCCACUGACAACACUGGUGCUCCUGGCCUUGAGGUCUUCAGACUCCAGGACCCACCCCAGUACCUCCCUGGCUCUCAGACCUUCAGACCUAAGCUGGGAGUUGCACCGUCGCGCCCCGAGUCCUCAGACCUUCAGAUAUUAAAGAAGGAAGGUGAAAAAAUACAAAGCAAAGAAUCAGUCAUCAGGUCCACGCCGCUGCUGUGCAUCCUUAAGCUUCUGCUGUGCGUAGACCAGUCAGCUCCUGGUAUAUGACUGGGGCAGGGCUGUCAUCUGUUUUUUCAGGGUAAGACGGUGGGGAUGCUCUGGGUGUCGUUGGAUCAUCCGCUCCCCAUCGCUGGCUGGUUUCAACGUGAGUGAUGUCUCCAGGGAGGGAGGCCCUUCACCUUCACUGCUGUUGGUGUGGAUAGGAUCACCAAGUAGGGGCCUUUUCACCAUGAUUCCAGGGGGCUUAGGCUCCAAUCUUUAAUCCCCACCUAGUUACCUGGAGAAUGGGGGUGGACUGGGGGAGAUAAACUAAUGGGAUAUCUAUCAUUUACCCAUUCUGAAAUCUUUUUUCAUUAUUUUUCCCAGUGACAUCAGUUGGUUAAAGAGUUUGCUUUUUAUCAAGAUGAUUUCCUGGGGCAUGUGCAGGAUGGGUGAUUAGACACGGAUGGUAUGUACCUGCUCCACAGAGAAGAACCAGAAUAGUGAGCACAUCUCAUGUCGCACAGAGAGGGCUCCGCGCUCCCUCCUAUCACUGCUGAGACCAAGGACAAACAUGGGGCACAGAGGUUGCAGAGGGGAACAGAAACUCAAGCAUUUCACAAUAUCACCACAAAACUCUCAUGAUAGACAAUAAGAUUCUUCCGGUGUAGCAUUAAAACUAUCUUUAUCUUUUUUUUUUUUGACAUUUUAUAAAUUUAAUUGCAAGAAAAUGCAAACUCUACUAAUAAUAAAUCCAAAAACAAUCUUAAAGGGAAAUUUAUGAUGAAUACACGUUAAUGAGUUAACAUGGUUGAUAAACAAUUCUUAUAGAUCAAAAAUCAGCAACACUGCUCUUGGGCUUGCUGGGAGAUGGGCUUUCAUCUCAGAAAAUGCACUGGGUUUUGAAGUGAACCUGCAUUUACCAGGCAGACCUUCAGGGAUGCAGUCUUUGGAACAGUCAUUUCAUCCUGUGUAUAAUUGAUCACAGAACUUUCUCAAUCUUUUGUGAUUUUGUAAACUUGACAUCAUCUCAUUAAACCCAUUGGCAUCUUCAUGCCUUUCAUAUAUACCCUAGUAUACUGACAACUACACAACAGGUCAGUUGUUGAAAUGGGCAAAAUAU